AUGGGAAGGGCUCCUUGUUGUUCUAAAGUAGGGUUGCAUAAAGGUCCAUGGACUCCUAAAGAAGAUGCAUUGCUUACAAAAUAUAUCCAAGCUCAUGGAGAAGGCCAAUGGAAAUCACUACCCAAAAAAGCUGGGCUUCUUAGAUGCGGGAAAAGUUGUAGAUUGAGAUGGAUGAACUAUCUGAGACCAGAUAUAAAGAGAGGAAACAUAACCCCAGAAGAAGAUGAUCUUAUAAUCAGAAUGCACUCACUUUUGGGGAAUAGAUGGUCCCUCAUAGCAGGAAGGUUACCAGGAAGAACAGACAAUGAAAUAAAGAACUAUUGGAACACCCAUCUAUGCAAAAAGCUGAAAAAUCAAGGAACAGAUGAUACUGACACACCCAAUACGUUGGAGCGUCCUCAACAAGAACCUGCCAGUGGCAACAAAAAGAAGAAGAACGGUGGCAAAAAGAAGAACAAGCAGAAGAACAAAGGAGGCACAAAUAAUGCUGAGCCACCAAAGACACAAGUUUAUCUACCAAAACCAAUUAGAGUGAAGGCUUUGUAUUUACCAAGAACAGAUAGUAACACCUUCACCUUUGAUUCCAAUUCAGCUAGUGCAUCAACAAGCCAAGAGAAGGAGGAAAGCCCCUUGACAAAAGAAUUAAACUUGGCUAGUGAAAUUGGAAAUAUGGGAGAAAGUGAUGGCUUUGGCUUCUUCAGUGAGGAUCGUGACUUGGUCAACGCCUCAGAUAUUGAAUGCCACUCUUAUUUUCCCACAGAUCAUGGCUCGCUACAGCAACUAUACGAAGAAUAUUACCACCUCUUGAACAUGGACCAUAGCCAAUUCGUAGAAAUGAAUUCAUUUGGGGAAUCUUUAUUGGUGUGA